AUGUUUUUUGGUUCAAAUACAAAUCAAUCGCAGUCAAAUAGCAACAAUCAAAUAAAUCAGAAUAUAGGAUAUAGUGGCCUUGGUAAUGCGGGGUCAGUUGAUCCUUUUGGUUCGAGCCAGCAAGUACCUUUUCAAGGAUUCAACACACCGCUCGGCGGAUUUGAUUCAAAUGAAGAUUUUGGAAGCCAACUGAUCAGUCAAUAUGGAGCAUCUUACGUCAACACGAGUAUGUUGUAUAACGUACCUGACGGGGUCUCAGAAACGCCCUCAGACGGAUCCGACAUCCUGUAUAAGUCAGGCCAUAGGGAUACCCCGGAUGAUCACGUGCAGACGAACACAUUUGAAGACACCACCAUCGUAAAUAUAUCGUAUAAAUAUGACCUCAACACAGACGGAUACCGCUGGGAUUUUUACAAAAGCCAUAAGAAGGAGAUUAGUGAAAUUCAGAGGGAAAUCAGCCAAAUGUCAGCCUCAAAUGAUCCAUCGUCUAACAGAAGCAGCACUAUCACCGGAGCUUCAAGCAGACAAGGAGAAACUGCACUGCAUAACUCAGUCUUUAACACUACAGGAUUAGGCCAAUCAAGCAGUCUUUUCGGCCAGACCAGUACUAGCACUGGUUUUGGACAGACUAGCGGCAGCCUCUUCGGCCAACAAACAACAAGCACAGGAUUUGGCCAAACAAGCACAAAUCUAUUCGGUCAGCCCAGUUCUACAGCCGGAUUUGGUCAGUCAACCGCUAACACGGGAUUUGGGCAGAGCAGUACUAAUCUCUUCGGACAGUCAACUGCCAAUACAGCAUUUGGACAGCCUACUGCUACCACAGGAUUCGGUCAGACUAGCACGUCUCUAGGACAACCUAGUAGCACCGGGUUUGGGCAACCUAGCACGACCACAGGAUUUGGCCAAACAAGCACAAAUCUAUUCGGUCAACCAAGCACCACUACAGCAUUCGGGCAGACUGGAAUCAACACGGGAUUUGGACAAUCUAACGUUAGCAGCACAACCUUUGGCCAACCCACAGCUACCACGGGAUUUGGGCAGACUACCAGUAGUCUUUUUGGGCAACCAAGUACUAACACAGCAUUAGGUCAAACGAAUAUAACCACCCCGGGAUUGGGCCAGACGAGUACUACCACCGGAUUUGGACAGACUACCAGUAAUCUUUUUGGGCAACCAAGUGCUAAUACCGCAUUCGGUCAGACUAGCACGUCUCUCGGACAACCUAGUAGCACCGGGUUUGGGCAACCUAGCACGACCACAGGAUUUGGCCAAACAAGCACAAAUCUAUUCGGUCAGCCCAGUUCUACAGCCGGAUUUGGUCAGUCAACCGCUAACACGGGAUUUGGUCAGACGACUGCUACCUCAGCAUUUGGGCAGACCACGAGUAAUCUGUUCGGUCAGCCGACCGCUAACACUGGUUUGGGGCAGGCCAGCACCCUGGGUUUAAGCCAGCCAAGUCUUAGCACAGGAUUCGGACAGACCAACUUAAAUACGGCAUUUGGAGCACCAACGGCUACAAACACGACUUUUGGACAGACCAGCUUUACAAAUACAGCAUUCGGACAGUCAGGCAUUAACACGGGGUUUGGACAGCCUGGUAUUAAUACUGCCUUCGGCCAGCCAGGGUUUAGUAAUACUCUUGCUCAGCCUAGCAACGCAGUGUUAGGGCAGCAGAACUUUAGUACGGCCUUUGGGCAACCCAGCGUUUUAAACACGGCCCUCGGGCAGCAGAACGUCAACAACGCUUCGGCACAGCAGUCCUCUUCAAAUAACAUGAACCUCCACAGAGCGUACCCAGCCAACAUUCCGUUCUUCAUGCAAGCGAACGCAGGGUGUGAUGAUGAAUUCGUAAUACCGGAAAUUAAAAGGUACACUUCAGGCCGUGUUUCAUUCUUGGGAUCAGUAUCGGAAAUAGAGUCAAUGCAGAAGCCUAACAUGCAAGUCUUAGCGAACUGGACUUCAAACCAGGCGGGAACGUCAGCGACAGGUUACAACAAUGUCGGCUCCCAGAAUGGUUCAGGCACACAUGCGAAUUCGGUAAAUCAACAAGGGAGUUUGAACGUACAGGCAGGAUUACAAAAUUCGCAAAUCUUAGAAGAGGAAGGAGAAGAAGGAAAUUCGAGAAGGGAUAAUAACCCAGCUCCAGAAAAAAAACAGUCGUACUCGAAAACGUACGAAGAGACCCUUAAAAAGGCAAACGCGAAGAUUAAGGCAGAUAAAAACUACCUCGAGCCGGACUCAACAUGGAACUGGAACGACCCGCUGGCAAACCUGAACAAAAAGCCGAAGGACGACCUGUAUGACUCAGAAACGGAGGAAGAAAAGGCGGUGGAAAAACGGGGAGUAUACGUAAACGAAAACGCACCGAAGCUGACGAAAGAAGGAUACACAACCAGGCCAUCGAUCGCAGCACUCAAGGCAAUGACGGACGAGGAGCUGAAGGAAGUGAAGGACUUCCAGAUAUCGAGAGAAGGAUACGGCGACAUAGUCUUCCCGGGAACCACAGACCUGAGAGGAGUGGACCUGGACGAGGCGGUGGACAUAGGGUACGCAAGAGUCUCAGUGUACGCAGGGACGAAGAGUGCGCCGGAAGUGGGAAAGGGACUUAACAGGAGAGCGUACGUGUCAAUCAACAACUGCACACACGACAAGCAGGGAAGGAAAAGGUACGUGAGCGAGCUGGCGCACAAGUACAUGUUGAGGAAGUACAGCGAAAUGAUAGGGUGCAGCUACCUGGGCGUAAACUUCAACGCAGGAACGUGGAUAGUCGAAACGCCCUUUUUCGUGGGCGUCGAGGACGGAGUCGCGAGAAGGGGAACGAUCGAGUACCCCGAUUUGGAGAAAUACGAGGGCACGUCUAAUUAA